CGCUCAUCCUCGCAUCAUCGCGGCCCACGGAAGAGGCCGCAUUUCUACCAGAAAGAUCGCCUUCGUCCAUAGCGUUGGCCGCCAGCGUUCCCCGAUUUCGAACCAUGCAUCACGGAAGAAACGCCUGUUACUUAUUGCUCCUCGUCGCUGUUCUGGCUGCUGGAUGGAUCACCGACGAAUUUGAUGACAGGUGCCACGAAAGUACGAGGAGUGAAAACGAGGAGGACAACGCAUGGCUUCGGUGUCGUGGCGCCUACGUUUUGCACAACCGUUUCCUGACUCGCAGGGAUCUCGCCAUGAAAUCUGGCAAAGACGGCUCCGAAGAGGACCGGGCAUUUCAACGGUUUCCUCCUCUAUCCAGGCCGUUCGGCGAUGGAGGACGGAGGCCCAUGGAGAAAAGAAAGCUGUUCAUGUAAAUAAAUGUGAAUAACUGGUCUACCUAAUUGAACAAUAAAGACAGUACUUUCACAGCACGGACAA